CAACGGUACCGCAUGUGCCGCUAGCUGCUCCGCACAAAGUAAACAGCGACGCGAGGAAACUUACCGUGUAGUGUUAUGAUGCAAACUUGUGUUUACCGAUAUUGGACGGGGUGAUUUUAAAAGAACUUGUGAUUUUUAACGAACUGAAGGAGCCAGUGCAGUGUUAAUUAGCAUUUGAAAAUGCCGAAGAUUUUCCUUAUAAAGAAGCGGCUGCAUGAGCAGCAACUAGAGCUACAGGAGGGUCAGGAGCUUCUAAGCAAAGGUGACCCACUCUGUCCUGGCUCUCCUCUCGAUGACGGUCCCAUACCGCUCCUCUCCAAAAAGGACAAGGAAUGCGUCGAUCGUGACGUAUUUGGUGAAAAUCAUAGCGACAAAAAUUCUCAAGAGCGACGUACAAAAGAACCUAGGCGAUUUAUAUCGUCAAUUUUAGGGGGAGAAAUUCCAUAUGGAAGCCACAGAGGGCAUGUACUUACGCAAGCAGAACGGAAGCAAUACUUACCAGUAUUCCUCGAAGAUAAAAAAUCGGAAGGCAAACCCUUGAUUAAAGAGGAAAAGGACUUAUUAGAGAGCGAACCCGUUGUCCUUCCUUCUAGAAACUCGCCUUCUCCGGAGUCGACACCAUCUCCUGGUAUUGAUAAUAAUGUCACUUGCCAAAAAGUAUCAGUUAUACAAAGGACACCAUCUCAAUCUCAGUUCCGUGACAAUAAAAAAGAUUUAUCAAAUGUAACACUUCCAGCCACACUACCUACUCCAGAACCUGAACAAGAUCAACCUAUCGAUUAUGCUAUUGCAAAAAAAAGAGGAGAAUCCGAAGAUGAAGAAACCGAAAAAAAAAUUAGAGAGCAAAGACGAACUAGCAGUUCCAAAAUUGCGAAUGGUAUUUUAGCUAGGCCCGUAUUAGUAUUACGAAAUCGCCCUGGGAACAAAAUUCCAGGAAUUAUUAAUGCAGCUGCUGGUCACGGGCGAUCAACAGGUGGAAAUGGUUCAAAUGGAAACUCGCAAAACAGUGGAGGUACAGGGAGUUUUAGUUCUGGUACAGGUAGUGCAACCCCGUCAUCCGGUGGGGGUGGAGCUCUAGGAGGCGGUUCAGGUAGCGGUGGCAAUGGCCGCGAUGGUAGAUCUAAUUACGGCCCAAACAGUCCACCAACUGGUAGUCUUCCUCCAUUUUAUGAAACCCUAGGACCUUCUUCUAAAAAUGGUCAAAACACAUACAAUGCCAAUGGUAACUUCUCUAAUGAAUUUAAUAUUAUUAAUGGAUUUAAUAUGGAUUGUGAAAAUACUGAAAAUACAAAUACAAAUUUCCCCGAACAGAGUAAACAAUAUUCUUUAAUGCAGAAUGCUCAUUAUGGAUUAGCUCUAAAAGAUGAAGAUAUUGAUUAUGAAAAUAAAAUUGAAAACCUUGGAGCCAUUGGCAACUAUGGUAGUAAUUUUGACGAUUCUAUGGUUGUAGAUAUGGGGGAAGAUGUUAUAGAUAAUAAUCAAUUUUACACUACACUGACUUUUGCACCGAAUGAAGGGAUAUUGGGAAAUCUUUCCGAUUCAACGGAAGAUUUUGCUAGUUUACUUAAUAAUCAUGUUGAAUCAAUUACCGAUACUGAGUUAAGAGAAUCAUCCUCAAUAACGCCUGACUCUGUACAUAAUGCAGUCGAUAUUGAAUCGCUGGCAGAACAUGUUAGUCUAAGCAGACAGUAUUACGAAAAAGCUAAUUACUUAGCAUUCGCAAGCCAAGAUCAAAGCUCUACUUACAAUUUUGCUAAAGAACGACCAGACUUAUUAAUGCAAUUAAAUCCGGCUCUUCUGCAACACAACGAAGGUCAAAUGCAACAACUUCAAAUUCACGUUCAACUUCAACAAAGGCAACAAAUAAUUUCACCUGGCUUUCCAUUCUCAAAUCACGCUUUGGAUUUGGAUUCGCCAACAGGAGUUUCACUGCCAUCACCGGGAGGAAAUAAUUCUCUGGAUGGCAACAAUCACAUCGAGAACUCUGCUCUCAGUCCUGCUGCUGCUGUAAGUCUCAAGAAUGGCUCUGUCAACGAUAGCAAAAUACAAAUCUUGCAGCAAAGGUUAGGACUGCCAGCUGAAUUGCCAUUAGAAUUUAUUAAUGGCGGACAUGGCGUUAAGAAUCCGUUAGCUACAGAAGCAAAUGCUAGACAAAGAGAAGAAGAGAAGAAUAAGCAAGUUCUAGUUAGCGAAGACGACCCGACCAAAUUUGUUUGUCGAGUAUGCUCCAAGAAUUUCAGCCUUCAAAGACUUUUAAAUAGACAUAUGAAAUGCCAUUCUGAUGUGAAACGAUACCUCUGCACUUUUUGUGGCAAGGGUUUCAAUGACACUUUUGAUCUUAAAAGGCACACUAGAACACAUACUGGAGUCCGACCAUAUAAAUGCAAUUUGUGUGAAAAAUCUUUUACCCAAAGAUGUUCUUUAGAAUCCCAUUGUUUGAAAGUCCAUGGAGUUCAACAUACCUAUGCAUACAAAGAAAGAAGAACUAAGAUGUACGUGUGUGAAGAAUGCGGUCACACUACAUCAGAACCUGAAGAACACUACAUGCAUCUUAAAAAGCAACAUCCUUAUUCUCCUGCUUUGCUAAAAUUUUACGAUAAAAGACACUUCAAAUUCACAAACGCAUCCUUCGCCAAUCAAUUAUUGGGCCAGUUGCCUAUGCCAGUUCAUAAUUAAGAAAUUCGGUUAUUGUAACCUAUUUUGUACCGUUUCGGUACAAAAUUGGAAAAGAAAAUAAUUUAUUCCGUCCGUAUAAAAAGCAAUUUUGAAAGGAUUUAAAAAUCCCAGUGUGUGUGAAACUUUUGCCCACGCAAUUAAUUUUUAAUAUUUAUCGAAUACGCUGUCUUCCAAACUUAAUGUAGGUAUUAACUCAAUUUGUAACCCAUCUGCGAUUUAGGUUCAAAUUAGGAACACCGAUCUUAUGUUCCAUUAUAAAAUACCUUUUUUUAUCAGUCAAGCAAAUCCACUAGCCUUAAUAAGUAGGCGCGACUGCAAUUAGAAAUCAAAGUAUCGGGUAUUAUGUGCAAUCUUUGGUGAUGGUACGGGAUCUAUUUUAAGUUUAGAUAUAAUAUUAGUAGUAUCGAUUACCUUAAGUGGAUAAACAUUUGUAAUUUUAAUAAUUUUUUGUGAGUUUCAUUUCAAUUCAGCGUUAAUUUUAUUAGAUUGGUUUGGAUUGGAUGGUGCUAAAUAUAUGUAUUCAAAUUUUCACUGACUUGAAACGAAACGAUUAUGAUUCGGAUGACUGUUUUUGUCCAAAUCAU